AUGUGAAAAUAUUUAAUCGUAUCAUCAGAGCUAGCAGAAGCAAUCAUAAGUGCUUUAUUAUUGGGAAACUGAAUUGAAUUUAUUGCCAUGAAAUUGAGUAAAAAGACUUGGACCAUAAUUUUUAUUGAGCCAUUAAUGCUUCCAGUAGCUAAAUUGGAAGCUGCUAUUGCUGAGAUCUUGCAAUUAUCAGCUCUAAAUCUUUUUACUUUAUGAGUGUGCUAA